GGGCGCGGUGACACUCGGCCAUGGAGCGCGAGCCGGCGGCGGCAGAGGAGCCCCCGGGGAAGGCGCGGCGGCGGCGGCGGCGGGAGGGCCGGACGCGCAUAGUGCGUUCCAAUCUGCUGCCACCGAGCGCCGAGGAGCCUGCGGCGGGAGCUGCCAAGGGUUCGCGGCACCUGGCCGACAACCGGCUCAAGACCACCAAGUACACGCUGCUGUCCUUCCUGCCCAAGAACCUGUUCGAGCAGUUCCACCGCCUGGCCAACGUGUACUUCGUCUUCAUCGCGCUGCUCAACUUCGUGCCGGCGGUGAACGCCUUCCAGCCGGGCCUGGCGCUGGCGCCCGUGCUCUUCAUCCUAGCUGUCACAGCGUUUAAGGACUUGUGGGAGGACUACAGCCGCCACCGCUCAGACCACGAGAUCAACCACUUGGGCUGCCUAGUCUACAGCAGGGAAGAAAAGAGGUUCGUGAACCGAUUCUGGAAGGAGCUCCGCGUGGGGGACUUUGUGCGCCUGCGCUGCAAUGAGAUCAUCCCUGCCGACGUCCUCCUGCUCUCCUCCAGCGACCCCGAUGGGCUGUGCCACAUCGAGACUGCCAACCUGGAUGGGGAAACCAACCUGAAGCGGCGUCAGGUGGUGCGUGGCUUCUCCGAGCUUGUCUCCGAAUUCAAUCCCUUGACGUUCACCAGUGUAAUCGAGUGUGAGAAGCCAAAUAACGACCUGACUAGGUUUCGUGGUUGCAUCAUCCAUGAAAAUGGGAAGAAGGCUGGACUUUAUAAGGAAAAUCUGUUGCUGCGAGGAUGCACCAUCAGAAACACCGAGGCAGUUGUUGGCAUAGUCAUCUAUGCAGGACACGAAACCAAGGCUCUGCUCAACAACAAUGGGCCCCGCUAUAAGCGUAGCCAGCUGGAGCGACAGAUGAACUGUGAUGUCCUCUGGUGCGUCCUCAUCCUUGUCUGCAUGUCUCUGUUCUCAGCUGUCGGACAUGGACUUUGGAUGUGGCGGUAUCAAGAGAAGAAAUCCUUGUUUGAUGUCCCUGAGUCUGAUGGCAGCUCUUUGUCCCCAGUCAUAGCCGCGGUUUACUCAUUUUUGACAAUGAUAAUAGUUCUGCAGGUUUUGAUCCCAAUUUCCUUAUAUGUUUCCAUUGAAAUUGUCAAAGUAUGUCAAGUGUACUUUAUUAACCAGGAUGUACAGCUGUAUGACGAAGAGACUGACUCACAGCUGCAGUGUCGUGCCCUGAACAUCACGGAAGACUUAGGGCAGAUACAGUAUAUUUUCUCAGAUAAAACGGGCACAUUAACUGAGAAUAAGAUGGUUUUCCGAAGAUGCACUGUGUCUGGAAUAGAAUAUUCUCAUGAUGCAAAUGCCCGGCGCCUGGCCAUGUACCAGGAGGCAGACUCAGAGGACGAGGAGGCGGCACCCCGAGGCACCUCGCUGUCCCCAAGAGGCAGCAUUGGGAGCCACCAGAGCGUCCGGGUCCCGCACAGGGGCCAGAGUACCCGGUCACACCGGCGCACAGGCAGCUGGGCCGAGGCCAAGAGGGCCAGUGUGCUGUCCAGACACACGGCCUUCAGCAGCCCCAUGGAGAAAGACAUCACACCUGACCCCAAGCUCUUUGAGAAGGUGAGCGAGUGUGACCGGUACCUGGCUGCUGCAAGGCACCAGGAGCACCCCCUGGCCCACCUUUCGCCCGAACUCUCCGACGUGUUCGACUUCUUCAUUGCCCUCACCAUCUGCAACACGGUGGUUGUCACAUCGCCCGAUCAGCCACGACAGAAGGUGAGGGUGCGGUUCGAGCUCAAGUCCCCCGUGAAGACCAUCGAGGACUUCCUCCGCAGGUUCACGCCCAGCCGCCUAGCCUUGAGCUGCAGCAGUAUCGGGAGUCUGGCCACCAGCAGGUCGUCCCACAAGUCCGGUUCCAGCUUCCUGUCCUCCCUGUCCAACGACAGCACGCUGCUCCAGCUGGAGGAGCGGCUGGGCCCGCGCGCGCCCGCUGUCACUGACAAUGGCUUCCGCGGCCAGGCAGCGGCGGGCUGGGCGCUUAGCGGCCGGGAGGAGCGUGAGCUGCGCUAUGAGGCCGAAAGCCCAGACGAGGCGGCGCUGGUGUACGCGGCGCGCGCCUACAACUGCGCGCUUGUGGACCGCCUGCAUGACCAGGUGUCGGUGGAGCUGCCGCACCUGGGCAGGCUCACCUUUGAGCUGCUGCACACGCUAGGCUUCGACUCCAUCCGCAAGAGGAUGUCGGUUGUCAUCCGGCAUCCUCUCACCGAGGAGAUCUACGUCUACACUAAGGGUGCCGACUCUGCCGUCAUGGACCUCCUGCUGCCCUGCACCUCAGAUGAUGCCAGAGGAAGACAUCAGAAGAAAAUCCAAAGCAGAACUCAGAAUUACCUCAACGUGUAUGCCGUGGAGGGCCUGCGCACACUGUGCAUCGCCAGAAGGGUCCUGAGUAAGGAGGAGUAUGCCUGCUGGUUACAAAGGCACAUGGAAGCAGAGUCUGCCUUGGACAACCGCGAGGAGCUUCUCUUCCAGUCAGCCAUCCGCCUAGAGACUAACCUGCACCUUCUGGGUGCCACUGGGAUUGAAGACCGCUUGCAAGAUGGAGUCCCUGAAACCAUUGCAAAAUUGCGCCAAGCAGGCCUACAGAUUUGGGUCCUCACUGGCGACAAGCAGGAGACAGCCGUCAACAUUGCUUAUGCCUGCAAACUGCUGGACCAGGACGAGGAGGUCAUCACCUUUAACGCUGAGUCCCAGGAAGCAUGCGCAGCCCUGCUGGACCAGUGCCUCCGCUAUGUGCAGUCCAAGGGCCCCGGCAGCGCCCAGGAGAAGACCUCGAAGGACAUCAGCGUGGCUUUCUCCCCGCUCAGCCCUCCCUCCGUGUCCACGGCCUCUGGCCGCAGCCCGAGCCUUGUGAUAGAUGGGAGGAGUCUGGCCUACGCCCUGGAGAAGAGCCUGGAAGACAAGUUCCUCUUCCUGGCCAAGCAGUGUGGGUCCGUCCUGUGCUGCCGCUCGACGCCGCUGCAGAAGAGCAUGGUGGUGAAGCUGGUCAGGAGCAAGCUCAAAGCCAUGACCCUGGCUAUAGGAGACGGAGCCAAUGAUGUCAGCAUGAUCCAGGUGGCAGAUGUAGGCGUGGGCAUCUCUGGCCAGGAAGGCAUGCAGGCGGUGAUGGCCAGUGACUUUGCAGUGCCGAGAUUCCGAUACCUGGAGAGACUCUUGAUUGUCCAUGGACAUUGGUGCUAUUCUCGACUUGCCAACAUGGUGCUGUACUUCUUCUACAAGAACACAAUGUUCGUGGGCCUCCUGUUUUGGUUCCAGUUUUACUGCGGCUUCUCUGCAUCUGCAAUGAUUGACCAGUGGUAUCUCAUCUUCUUUAAUCUGCUCUUCUCCUCACUCCCCCAGCUCGUGACUGGGGUGCUUGACAAGGACGUGCCAGCCGAUGUGCUGCUGGCCCAGCCACAGCUCUACCAGAGUGGCCAGAAUAGAGAGGAAUAUCGGCCACGUGCAUUCUGGACAAACAUGGCUGACGCCGCCUUUCAGAGCCUGGUUUGUUUUUUCAUUCCUUACCUGGCCUACUACGACUCGGAUGUAGACAUCUUUACUUGGGGCACCCCCAUUACGGCCAUUGCGCUGCUCACCUUCCUGCUGCACCUGGGCGUCGAAACCAAAACCUGGACCUGGCUCAACUGGAUAGCUUGUGGCUUCAGUAUCCUUUUAUUUUUCAUUGUGGCUUUGAUUUACAAUUCUUCUUGUGCAACGUGUUAUCCUCCGUCUAACCCCUAUUGGACUAUGCAAACGUUAAUGGGCGACCCCGUGUUUUACUUGACUUGUAUCAUAGCGCCCGUGGCUGCACUGCUGCCCAGAUUGUUUAUCAAAGCCCUCCAGGGGACCCUUUUCCCCACCCAACUCCAGCUGGGACGCCAGUUGGCCAAGAGGUCCGCCAAGAAGCCCAACAUUCCCAAAGACAUCUUUGCUCAGGGACAGCUCCCGAAAGAACAGAGGAGCAGCAGCAGCUCUGAAGCCCCCUCGCAGGACGGCACCUCCCAGGCCUCAGUCUCCCUGGAGAAGGUGGUGGUGAGCAGGGAGCAUGGUCUGGUGCCCUUAAGCAUGCUGCCCAUGAGGACGCCUUCCCAGGAGGACAGCCUGCUGAAGGGACUCCACAGCCAGGCCCUGGGGCCCUUCAUGCCAGAAGAGGCUGCUCAGGAACGGUGUCCCCAGGACUCUGAGAUGAAACACAGCAGCACAAGUGGGACCGCCUCCCUACCCCCCAUCUUCAACCUGCCCAACCUCAGCUCGCUCAACUGGAUUUCCUCCCUGUCUCUGGUCAGCGGGCUGGGAAGCGUACUGCAAUUCUCUCAAAGUAGUUUACAGGUGGAUAAGCAGGAUGACGAGUUUCUGCCCAGCCCCCCUCAGCCCGCUUGUGAGCUGCGUGCUUUAAGGGGACAGACAGCCAAAUCCUUCUAGAAAACCUUGAUGUGACCUUUUUUAUAUCAGUUAUUAAUAUUAUUUAUGUUUAUUAUUUGCACAGAAGAGUUCUAGUGAAAUGUAUUUUAAAUGUUUCCAAGGCUAAAAUGGAAAAUAAGAGGUA